AUGGGGCAAUUGCCUUCACAGGACAUAUUGGCAUUGCUUGAAUUCAAGAAGGGUAUCAAGCAUGAUCCCACUGGUUAUGUUCUUGAGUCAUGGAAUGAGGAGUCCAUAGAUUUUAAUGGCUGCCCUUCUUCUUGGAAUGGUAUUGUCUGCAAUGGUGGAAAUGUUGCUGGUGUUGUUCUUGAUAACUUAGGUCUCUCUGCUGAUGUAGAUUUGAGUGUGUUUGCAAAGCUUACCUUGCUUGUCAAACUCUCCAUGGCAAACAACUCUAUAACUGGCAAGAUUCCAGACAAUGUGGGUGACUUUAAAAGCCUUCAGUUUAUGGAUGUGUCCAACAAUCUGUUUUCUUCUUCCCUACCGCCUGGGAUUGGUAAAUUAGGGAGCUUAAGGAACCUCUCGUUGGCUGGGAACAACUUCUCUGGCUCAGUUCCUGAUUCGAUUUCAGGGCUUGUAUCCGUCCAGUCUUUGGACUUGAGCCGCAACUCGUUUUCUGGGUCACUGCCAGUGUCAUUUACAAGGCUGAAUAAUCUGGUAUAUCUGAAUCUGUCUUCCAAUGGGUUUACCAAGAGGAUUCCGAAGGGAUUUGAGCUGAUUUCAAGUCUACGGGUGCUUGACUUGCAUGGAAAUAUGUUUGAUGGUCAUCUAGAGGGACUGUUUUUUCUUGUAACCAAUGCUAGUCAUGUUGAUCUCAGUGUGAAUAUGCUAGUGAGCUCUAGUUCUCAGAAAUUACUUCCGGGUAUGUCUCAGACCAUUAAGCUUUUGAAUCUAAGCCACAACCAGCUCAGUGGGUCACUGCUAAAUGGAGGUGACAUGCAAUUGUUUGCAAGUGUAAAGGUAUUGGAUUUGAGCUACAAUCAGUUGUCAGGAGACUUGCCAGGAUUUGAUUUUGCUUAUGAGCUUCAGGUCCUUAGGCUCAGCAACAACAAGUUUACAGGGUCUAUUCCUAAUGACUUAUUGAAAGGAGAUUCUUUGCUCUUAACUGAACUGGAUUUGAGUGCCAAUAAUCUCUCAGGUACCUCUCUAAUCACUGCUUUAUCUUCUUGUGAGUUAUUUAACUUGUGCUCAGUUAUUAUCUAUUUAGUGGCCUAG